CAACGGUGGUUGAACAUAAUGAUUAAUGAUAAAAGGAAAAAAAUAAUGUAAAAAGAAAAUAUUAUAAAAAUUGAAAAGUAUUUAAAUAAUAUACAAAAUUAUUUCUAAAUGGCAUGUUUUAAAAAACAAUAUAAAAUAUAUAAUAAAGCAAUAUAAAAUAUAAGAAAAGAGAAAAUAAUAAUAAUUCUUUCAAUUUUGAAAUAUAUUUUCAAGUGUUUCAAUGUGUGUUGUUUUAGCAAGAAAGGCCAUUGUGAAAUAAGGUUGAAGUUUAAGGAAACAAUUAACUGGAGGUUAUUUUUAUAAAUAACAACAACAAAGUCUGUAAAAAAUUGUAUUACUAAUGAAAAACUUCGAAAAAACACUAUGCAGCAACGUAACCAAAAUAAAAAAGAAGAAAAUUAUAGAAUUUUUCACAACAAUACCGCACCAACUGCAACAAAAACCAUGCGUAAUUCAGCUGGUUUACCACCAACAAAUAGAGUAGCUACAUCAUCCAGUACGGUCACUACCAUACAAUUGACACCACUGUGGGAACAUAUUUUAAGAACACGUAAAUUACCCGACACUAUUUGUCCCCGUUUAAUGUUUUCUGAGUUCCUGGAACGUUUAAAAGAUCCAGAGUGGCAGGUGCGUCAACAUGCCCUUAGGGUUUUUGUGGAUGUAUUGGUGGUGAUGAAAUCAAGGGCAGAUCCUUAUAUGGAACCUCUUAUAGGUCAGUUAGUAGAAAAUUUGGGACAUCAGGCUCCUACGGUACGUAAGGGUGGUUUAGAUUGUUUAAGAGUAUAUUUGGCGGAAACUGCCAUGCCUGAAACCAUAAUGUUACAAAUUCUUGAUAUUGGUCUAAAUCAAAAAAUAACCAAUGAACCUUUUGGUGGUCGUUUGACCUGUGGUGUUAUGCUGUCGUUGCCAGCAUUAGUUCAAUCAACCCUACACACUACUAAGAGUCAUUUUAUACUAAGAACCACCAUCGAUAUGUUAGUACAAAAAAUGGGACAAGUGACACACCAGGAAAUCACUCUUAAGGUGUUGCGUAAAAUGCGUGAACUCAUAGGCGAAGGCGAGUUUAUGAAGUACAUGUCACAUGGUGCUUAUCGAGAAUUUGAUUUGUUGUGUAAUGUUUAUGGUUUAUCAGGGCAGGAAGAGGGUUUAAUACAACCUACAAAUGCGAUUUUUUUAUCCUCCGAAUCUAAUACGAAUACUUGGCGUUUAAUGGCUGCUAAAAAGCCGUCAAAACUUGCUAAUUGCUGGCGUUCUUCUGAGGAGGAAGAUGUCAGGAUAGAAGAGCAAUGUACUACUGAAACUGUCCUUGCUUGUCCGGCCAAGGUUAUAAUGGAAACUGAAAUAAAAAUAAAUGACGACACUUUGACAAUGCGUAUUUUAGAGGCAAAAGAUGAUGACGUUUGUAUCGUACAGCCGGAAAUGUGCCAUAAAUCUUUAGCUGAAACCUGUCCCAAUAGUUUAGAAGAUGAGGUAAUAUGCGGUCGUUUAGCAAGUGCUAAAAGUCUACGUGAGUCGUCAUCGUCAUUAGUAAAACUAUUAAGUGAUUCUGAUGAUAUGGAAGAGGAAAAACCUAAACAAGAAUAUUAUACCACCAUUGUAACGCCAUCAACGCCCUCUCGUACCCCAAAACGAGUAACAUUUGGUGGGGAAGUAGUUAAAAUGCGCACGCCUGAUAGUGAUGCAAAUUCAACAACCAAUAACAAUCAUCAACAAAAACAGCAGCAGCAAACGCAAAAUCUUCAGCAGUUACUUACAAAAACAGAUAAAAAAGAUGAUAUGGCAAUGCAUGUCAAUGAUGACAAUCAACCCACAUUCAUAUUACAAUCUCCACCUACAACUGUUGACUCUAGUAAAACUUCAGUUUUAACACUGGAUAUUCCAAAUGAUAAUACAAAACCAUUAACACGUCCCAAAUCAGGACCAACUUUAAAGUCCUCAGGGUCAACUUCAAUAACGCCUUCCCCAGCAGCUUCUUCCCAAACUACUUCCCCCAAAUCUCCAGCAAAGUCCCCUAAGGAUUCUCCAAAAUCACCUUUCAAGCGUUUAAGUAUUAGUCCAGUGGACAAUAUUAUAAGUCCACGUACGGCUCAUAAGGAAAUUGAGGUUUUACACAACUUGCAACGAGAUCCCUCACCAAAUCGUGCUUUAACUGCAAGGCGAGCCAGUUUAAAAACCGAAGAGUUAAAUACACCUUCAUCCGUUAGCAAUCAACCAUUGUGGAUGGAAACUCAAGAGAAGAAAACACAUUGUCAACAACAAAGUCCGGUUCAACCACCACCUCCUCGAUCUUGGGAGGAAUUGGGUAUUGUGGAUAAUGAUACACUAAUGGAUUUGCGGUCGGGAAAUUGGCGACAUCGCUUGCAAGGUGUUUUGCAAUUAGAACAAGCACUAAGAUCAUCUGAAAAUCUGGCCAGUGUACAGCCCUGUUUAGAUUCUCUAUUGCGGACACUACUCUCGUCCGAAUGUAAAACGGAAGUGGCAGAAGAAAAACGAAAACUAUUAAUAAAUUUAAUAACACGUCUGCCGUUAGAUAAUCUAGAAGACCGUACUAUGCAAAUUAUGAGUGGACUUUGUCGCCAAGGUGGUGCAGGGGCAAAUCGAGUGUGUAAGGCUUUAAUGCAGAGAUUACCGCCGGCUGCUAUUAUUCUAAAGUUAAUAUCGCAGGAAUUUUUACAUGCCAAAAGCUCAAGGUUUCGUGAACAUGCAUUACAAAUGGUCAUAUUCGCACUCAUGACCUUUCCCAGUACAUGCUUUGAUACGCAGACAUGUGUCACAAAUGCAACAUAUGCCGCAAUAAAUCGUAAGAGACGCGUACGUCAAGCGGCCUUAGAUGUUCUUGCUGUAUUAGGUCAAAUAUCCAGUGCCAGAGAAGUAUUAGAUGUUGUGCAACAAAUUGCAAAUUCACGUGAUGAUGGUGAUGCAUUGGUGGCAGCAGUUAAAACACGUUUGUCACGCAAACAACUACCACUUGUAAGCAGUGAGGGUGCAGUGCAAUAUUCGUUGCAUGUACCACCCUCACAAUUAACUGGUAACACACACGAUAAGGAGUUGAAACUUCAAAAUGAGAGCAACAAUAAUAACAAUAAUAGCAGUAAUACCAAUGAGGAAUUUGAUAAAACCACAGAAAGAAAUGGUCAACAGGGACCGGAUAUAGAUUGGAUUACUGCAGGUAUUGGUUCAGUUUCGCCCACUUCUCUAAAGCGUAGAGCUCACAGGAAUCGUAUUUCAGCUAUGCAGAGUUUUACUUGUUUAAAUACUCAGGGAAGUUCUACAUCUGAUGAUCCUGUGUUUAAACCACAAUAUCGCAAUCCCUCCGAUUUACUGAGUCACAUCAAAAAUUAUGAAAAUGAAGACAAUCAUCAUCAUAAUAAUUAUAAUUUUCAUCAUGUCUUUGCCUCAAGUCCUUAUAAUUAUGGUUUAUCUACUAAGAAAUCAAAUGCUGAUUACCCAUACUAUACAACACGACGUUUGGUGGCAAACUCAUGCUCAGAUUCUUCCGUUGACGGAAGAAGUUCUGAUAGCAAUUACACCAGUAGUGGUGGCAGUGCAGUAAGUAACGAUGUAAAUAGUAAAGGUGGUGGUGGUUGUGCUGAUGGCAUAAGUGGUCGAUUCACUCGUCAAGCAGUAAAUUCAAGGUUUCCCAGUAUGGAUAUGAAUACAACAUAUCGUGUACACAAACCACCUACAUAUUAUCCUGGUAUGGGUGCUUAUGCCCAUUUGCAACAACAGCAAUACAACAUGAACUCCACUUAUCCAAAAGUUAAUUAUUCUCUGACGUCACAACAAUAUCAUCAUCCUCAACUGUCGCAUAGAAGAAAAUCUCAAAAUAACUAUUCCACGCAACACCAUCAACAGCAGCAACAACAAUCCCCACCUUAUUACUACAUCAACAACAACACAAAUCGAGCUCAACAUUUUAAUCAUCACAAUACCAGUUCGAUAACAACUACUGCCCAUAAAAGCAAUUGUGGAAAUCAAGAGAAUUUCAAAAUGUCGGAAAAUCUUCAGCAUAAAGAUUUCAACAAUUGUGACGAUAAUCUAGAUGGUACUUAUACAAUUUCCCCGGGUGGUACAAAGCUGCCUAGUCAACUUCAGCAACAACAACAGGCUGCAACAAAUGGUCGUCGUUUUGUUAACGUUGAUAAAUUUCUAAUGCAAAGUAACAAAUCUUCCCAGACAUCGAUUGAUAAUGGAAAGGAACCACAACAAACAGAAAUUGAAGCAAAGUCUAACGAUUUAGAAAAGCAAUCAAAUAAAACACCAACACCCUCAGUAAAGUCAACAUCGUAUUCACAAAAAUCAACAGCAUCUGCACAAUCCAGUAAUGGCAGUAGAAGCCUAAAGGAAGAAUCGCCAGAGAAGACAAAUGCUAAGGAUGUUGUUGAUGAUGACGAUGAUCAAAAACCAUCUAAUGAAACUAAUAAUAUUGUAACAACACCGCUUACAACCGUUGAAGGAACCGUAAGUGAAGUAGCAGAAAUGACGGAAGUAACUAGUGAAUCGCCAACAAAGUGGAUAACAGGUGAAGAAGUUUUACAAUUAGAAGAUGUCGUCGAUGCCGUUAGUGUCAAUGAUAUAGAAGAAAUUCAAGAUAAAGAUGAGAAACUUCAACGUAAUGGUAGUUUAGUAAGUUUGCAGAGUAAAACCGAAAGUAUAAAAACACAAUUGGAAGAUACACCACCAGUGCUAUCAAGGACCCAGUCGGCAAAAUCUGUAGUUAUAGAAGAAGAUAUAGAAGAUAAUACUAGUUUUGUGGUGGUAGAAGACGUCGAUGAAGUAGAAAACAUCUCAAACACACAAGAAGUAAACAAUAUUACUGAGGAUACCAAAGCUCAGGGUGAUGGACCUCAAUGUUUUUCGAAACCAAAUUCAGCUAAGUCUCGACCAAGUAGCAGCAGGCCUCAGUCACCUACUAUAGAAGAAAUCAAGGCUUUGUCGCGGCGAAACUCUAUGGUCAAAUCAAUGGAGUCACUUUAUGAAAGACCUCCCUCUAAACACGACUAUAUAGAUAAUACCACUGAAACUAGUUCUCAGUCUAGUGCUCAAUUGAAUAGUAGUACUGGUUCUUCAUCUAUACCCCUUAAAGCAUUACAUACCCCACUUAAGCAAAAAUCAAAAACUACACAUUUUCUUAAAAGUCAUCGAAGAAUUUCUCCCGUCAAGCAAUCAAUCAAAAUGGUACAGGCUGAACUGUAUCCAGCCACUUUGCAACGAUUUGAAAAACCCCGUGAGGCCAUAAUGAAAACAUUCGAUCAACUAGACUCUUCGAAUUGGGAGGUGGUGAUGGUAGGUCUCAAGAAUAUGGUUAGACUAAUAAGAUAUCAUCCCGAAAAUCUAGAUCCACAAAUGCAUAUGAUAUGUAUACAAUUGACACGAUCUGUGCGAAAUCUAAGAUCUCAAGUAGCGAGAGCUGCCUGCACAGCGGCCACCGAAUUAUUUACCAUAAAAUCACGUUAUUUGGAACAAGAAUGUGACGAUUUGGUAUGUGCUCUCUUGCAUCGAACCGCCGAUACGAAUCGUUUUAUACGUGCAGACGCUACAAGAGCUCUUGAAUCGAUGUGUGAUAAUCUAACACCUGCAAAAAUUUUAAAUAUUUUAACGAACAAAGGGGCAUUACAUCCAAAUGCUUUGGUACGCACAACUACAGCAAAAUUAUUAAAUCGUUUGGUGGAACGUUUAAGUUCUGAUAAAAUCUACACUAUGCCAAGGGAUCAACGUGAUAAAUUCUUUGUGACUGGUGCAAAUCUUUUGCUCGAAGGCAGCUUAGAAACACGCAGCUAUGCUAAGUCUUUGUUCAAAUUACUCUCCAGUCAUGCCAGUUAUCCACGUCUAUUGCUUGAAGUCAUUCCACCACGCACAUAUCGCAAUAUUGAGAAAACUCUAAAGAGUAUACGUUAAGUUAAAUUUAUGUAGUUAAAAUUAUUUAAUUUUUAGUAAUACACAUACAUAUAAAUAUUUUUGAAGUAUUGUAAAUAAAAACAAAUUAACUCUUUGUUUUCUUAAAAAAAAACGACAAGUUCUUAGAACAGAUAAACAAGCAAACAUAUAGAAAAUAUUACAUAAUUAAAAUCAUUUAUGUAAAAAUGAAGUUUCAAACAUUCAUUUUACAUUAAGAUACUAACAUUAUCAUUUUAGUUUGUAACUAAAUAUAUAAUUACAUCUAAAUUUAAGUGAACUUUGUAAUCAAAUAAAAUAAAUAUAUUUUGGCU